UGGGGCUGCAGCGGGCAGUCCCCGCCGUGAGACUAGCGGGAGACCCCCCCAAAAUCGUAUGCACGGGGGUUUCUGUGAAGUUUAGCCCUCAGAUAAAUUCUUGGAGGCAGUGAGGAUCUUCUCUGGGCAACUAAACUUUGGUAAGAUCUGACAUUGCUUGGAGACUGAUUACUGAUGCUGUAAUAGACGCUGCCACUUAUCAUUGCAUUUUUUCUUAAUUAUUUGCUGAUCUCCUUAGCAACUGAAGUAAUUUGCAAGGUUGAAGCUUGGUUGCAGCUUGAUUUACAAAGUAACGUGGCAAAAGGCAGGAAUUUGUUGUUUCACUGAUGCGUAUUUCCCUUUUACUCUCUCAGAGGGGUAAGAGCUGCAGAGAUGUUGACUUCAUGUAGCUGGUACUGCUGUCAAGAGACUGUUGAUUAGUCCGACUGAGGCUCUGUUGUACGUCACCCAGUUGCUCUUCUGUGUCUCGGUUUUCUUUAAGACAAGCGAGUUACCGUGUUUUAAGGAGAAAAAUCUCUCUUCAAGGAAAUUCAAUCUUUAGUGAGGGAUUAGUGAGAGAUGAUAGUUUUAUCUGGCUAAGGUUACUAGGACAAAUUAAUCUCUAAUUCAGCAUGAUUGAGGUCUGGCCAGAUGCUGGCUGGAGAGAACACUCCAUUUGCCUUGUUGAUCUCAGGAUCAGCUUGCUGCAAAUAUGAUGUAAAGCCAUUUUUUCAUCACUGUUAGGUCCUGCACCAAGCACAGUUUAGCCCAUUUCAGGGAUUUAGUCUAGUGUAUCAAGACAUCUCCCAGAUGUAGCUCACCAACGUUGCUGUUCAAUCCAUCAUGUCACUAAAUCUCAUGGAUUACGAUGUUUGGGUAAUCUGUGUCUGUUGAGUCAGAGAUGCUGAGCACAGCUGUCAGGAAGAUUUGAUGCAGAGUGCCUUUUCCACUCAGGAGUGAUAAAAGCAGAGUAGAGUCUGGAGACUGAGGGGAGGUGGCUGCUGUGUGAAUAUUUUCUCCGACAGUAUCACACACACACACAAGGAAUGCACAUUUAUGCAGACCUUCCUUAAAAAUGAAACUUUUAAAAAUACUAAUUGCAUAGGAUGCCAUUAGUCUAUAUGUAAUUAAUGGGUGUAUCAUGUCCUUGAACAGGAUUCAUAAAGUUGGGACUAAAAGCAUGAAUAAUUAUACUUGUAUAAUAUUGUUGCUAUAAUUUAAUAAAACCCCAUUCUAAAAAUCACUUUUGCUUCUGAGUUCAUGAGGAACCUUUGUCAAAUGUCAUGCCACAAAACAAAACAGGGCUGUGAGAAAACAGAACACAUGAGCCAUCACUUUAUUAUUUCAUGUAUUGUUAUAUUGGACUAGUACAGCCCUAAUUCAUUUGGUAUGUAGACUGGUGUAGGGGGAGAGCACCUGUGUGAACAUUGAAGACAAUGAGAGGUGCAGAGAUGUAUUAGUGUCUUGUGGGCUGCUGAGACUGGGGUGAGACUCAAGAGAAGGCUGUGACUACAGGAGAUGUGGUGUAAGGGAAGGAGGUAAGGGAUGUAGAAAUGGUAUGAACCUUCUGGAGGAUGAACAGAGGUCUUGAAUGUUUUCCAGUGCUUGAUCUCUCCAGGGGCUCAACACUGUUCCUGCAGUAGUACAGCAGGCAGCAGGGUUGUGUGCAAAUACUUGUAUUUUCACUGUGCAGAAAGUACCAGCUAAAUGUGAGACUAUUUGUAUCACCAACAUACAGGAAAAUACUUUACAGUAGGAAUAACAUCUAGCAAUCCAAUUUUAUUAACAGUGAAAAAACCAAUAGUAGUGUUUGCAAAAUCAUUCAGGUGAAUUGUGAUCUCCAGUCCAAUUUACUGGUUAAAUUAAGAGAUGUGCUACACAAAGAUUUUUUUAGCAAAGUCUCAAAUGAACUGGGAGAGGUAGUUUGGUGUACAGGUUCUGUUGGAGAAACAGCAAUAAGCCUGAAGGUACUUACAGAUGAUGAGAAAACUAGUGUAGAUAUUAUUAAUGUCACAUCAGUAGGAGAGAGAGCCCCAAGAAAGAAAGGCAUGUUUAGGACAUUAGUUCAUCUUCAUGUGAUAACUGAUGGUGAGACUAUAUGUUGCUUGGCAGUCCACUUUUCCAUCAGCAGGCCUAGGUGCUUGUUGCUUUUAAAAACAAAACAGCAAACAAACAAUCCCCUCAGAAAUAAACAAAAAGCAACCACAAACAUACACAUUAAAAAGUUCAAAACCACAAACUAAAUUAUAAGCUUCUCUAGAAUGUGACUGAUUGUUGUCAAUUUUGCUGUUUCUGACCACAGAGGAUUUUCCCUGUGAUGGUAGGAUAUGUCCAGCCUUUCUUCUUGAACAGUUAAAAGCAUGUGCACCAUUAGUGUUCAGAUGAAUCAUCUAAGGGAGUAAUGUGUUUUUGGCACUGAACUUAAAGUACUGCAGUUCAACAUCACAUAGAAAUUAUUUCUUUGAACAGAAUUCAAGAACAAAACUCCUAACCAUGCCCUUCACUUUACUAUAAAUAAGAAAAGGUAUCUACCCAGCUCAUUCAGAAAUAAUGGUGAAGUACUUGGCCAAAGUCUGUUGGCACAUGUUAGCUGAUAGUAUUCAAUAACAAUAUCUCUCUUGAGAAAAUAUGCAAUAUUGAAAUUUGUAAAAUAAGUCUUCUCUAACACCUGAAGUAGUAUCACUGGGAUGAAACAAAAUGCUGAGUUUUUAAAUAUAGGGCUAAUUGUAGGCUUUGUUCUUCUUGCCACUUAACACGUUACAGCCCAGAAAUGUUUAUGCAGACAUUUUGAGUAAGUUCAAAUGAUCACAUACCCUAUAAAUAUUUAUGUUGAACAUGCUUGGCUUUGCAGAACAUCCUGGGUAAUUUGUGCAGAAGAUGUGGGGAAUACGCGUUGAAAAGCAAGUUGCAGCUCAGCAGUCCUACUCUCCAAAAGAGCAAAGAACCUGUUGGGAAUGUAGGCACUACACUCAACGAGUGCAAAGCUAACUGCACAAGUAAUCUGUGGCAAGGAGCACUGGGAGACAGCUGAAAGACAGUGACAAUGUCUUUAAACUGGUGGACACUUCUUACUCAACUUGGAGUUUUUAAAGUGAACUGCAAAGGACUCGCAUGCCUCUUGGUCUUCACCGUGAGUGUUUGUGGCAGUGCCCCGGGGAUGUGUCCAGCAGCCUGCAUCUGUGCCAGUGAUAUCGUGAGCUGCACAAAUAAGAACCUCACUCGAGUGCCAGGAAAUCUUUAUAAAUCUAUGAAAAGGCUGGAUCUGAGUUAUAACAGAAUUGGGAUUUUGGAGCCUGAAUGGGUCCCAGUGCUGUCUGAGAAACUGAACACUUUAAUAGUCAAUCAUAAUAGCAUUAGCAGCAUUAGCGCUGGAAGCUUUUCCACAACUCCAAAUCUGAUGUAUCUAGACUUGUCAUCCAACAGCCUGAAAACAUUGAGCAGCCCUGUGUUUCAGGAGCUAAAGGAACUGGAGGUUCUCCUGCUGUACAACAAUCAAAUAACCCAGAUCGAGUCUUUAGCCUUUGGAGGAUUGUACAAAUUACAGAAACUGUACCUAAGCUACAACUUGGUCUCGCAUUUCCCACUGGACUUAUAUGUUGGAAAACUUAAACUGACAGACCUUGUGUUGCUGGACAUUUCCUUUAAUCACAUCCAGACGAUGCCUGUUCAGCGCCUGAGUUCAGUGCCAGCCAGACAACUUAGUGGAAUUUAUCUUCAUGGCAACCCAUUCUAUUGUGACUGUGUCCUGUACUCCAUGCUAAUCUUCUGGUAUCAAAGGCAUUUCAGCUCAGUGGUGGACUUCAAAAAUGAGUACAGCUGUUUGUUGCAGUCAGACCCAAGAGGUCAUAAUCAACUGCCUUUGCUGCAUGACAACAUUAUGAAUUGCUCUGAAAGUACUGUCAACAGCUCUUUCCAAGCCUUUGGGUUUAUUCACGAUGCCCAGGUUGGUGACAGGCUGAUUGUACACUGUGACAGCAGAAUCGGCGAUACGGGCACACAGUUUGUUUGGGUUAGUCCAGACAAUAGAUUGCUGGAGCCAGACAGGGAGACCAACAACUUCAAGGUGUUCCCUAAUGGCAGCCUGGAGAUAACAGAUGCCCAGCUAGAGAACUCAGGGCUGUAUUCCUGCAUUGCAAUAAAUAAGAAAAGACUAUUAAAUGAAACCAUAGAGGUCAGAAUAAAUGUUAGCAAUUUCACAGUGAACAGGUCCCACGCUCAUGAAGCAUUUAAUACAGCUUUUACCACCCUUGCUGCCUGUGUGGCCAGUAUUAUUUUAGUGCUGCUGUAUCUCUAUCUGACCCCCUGCCCAUGUCAAUGUAAGGCAAAAAAGAAGAAGAGGAAGCUGAACCAAAGUAGUGCCCACCCAUCCAUACUGAAUUCCACACUGCCGCAAGAGCUGCCAGCUGACGAGAAGAAGGCUAGCACUGGUAAACGGGUGGUUUUCCUGGAACCUGUGCACGAACCAAAACAGAGUCAGAAUGGGAAAGUAAAACUGUUUCCUAAUGACAGUGUCAUUACAGAGAGUAUCUUAAAAACUGCUCGAACAAAAUCCGACUCCGACUCUGUCAACUCCGUGUUCUCAGAUACACCUUUCAUGCCGCCAGCUUAGUUUGCUGCCUGUGUUUGUAUCGUGCAGUUCCAUUUCUUAAUACCUCCUUUGCCUGUAGCAAUCCAUCAGGACAAACAAAUAAAAAGAGAUAAAAUGUUUUAAAAAAAGCUAUGUUUUGUCAGUCCUUGAUCUGCGUCUCCUCUCUGUAGAGGCCAUGCAACAGUGAUCCCUCAUUUGGGAAAAGCGAACGGCUUGUCAUUAUUGUGAAUAAUAUUAAUGCAAGCUUGGUUUUAGUCUGGUCCAUACACAGCAAUUUAUUGUGCUUGUUUAGAGACACUUUCAGUCCAUGCAGCUGACUCUGCAGAGGCAGGGCUGACCCCUAUGCAACACUCAGUCAUGCUGAUAACUCAGCUUUUCUGAAGUGUGCACAAAAACAACUUAUGGCUAAGGAGAAAAAUGUCCAGACUUUCUGCAAUUCCUUUCACAGGCUCAUCCAAUCUUUACAUAAAAUCACUGUGGGAAAAAAGUCAUGAUUUUUCUUGGACUGCUUGGCACUAAAGGGUUAAAUUUGCCACCAGAAUGCCUAGCAGCACUGCCUAAAUUUUUGUGGCCUUCAACUGAUAAUGUAUUUGCAAAUAGUUGCUUGAAAACAUUAAAUGAGGGGCAUUGUAAUAAUUUUAUUCAAAACAUAGUCACAAGAUUACGUGUUAAAUAUGGUUGUAUUUGUUCAUAAAUGUUUCAUGUAAUGAAAACAGGUAGAAGUUAACAUGCUACUUUUGCAGAUGCCUCAGUCAAAGAAUGGAAGUUGUCAGGCAUAUGAGGACCUACACAAGUCAGCAGUAAUUAAUUAAGCUGUGAUAACUGGAUUGAUUAUAACCAUUUGUCUUUACCUCCCCUGCUCACUGUGUGCUUGGAAUCAUGUGUGGUAAACAAAUCUGCCACCAUCACCAGGGCUCCUUCUUCAUUUUAGGGGUGAGAGACUUCUCUUCAAAGAUAAUUAUGAAAUUGGGAAAAUAUUUUAUUUUUUUUUCAGUGGCAUGUGGUUUCUGUAGCCUUAUUAAAUUUGCUUCCUAAAGUUUUUUUUCUAAAAGAGGAAAUGCAGUAUUUGGACAAACUCAUGAGAAUAUAAAAGACUUUACACACUAUAAAUUCAGAAAACACAGACUUGGCCCUUGUCAUGUACGUACUGCUUUCUUUCUUGCAUGUAUCAUAAAGUUUAUGAGUGGUAAAACUGAUCUGGGCUGGUUAUUCAAUAUAGGUUGCAUGAAGCAUGUAUUGUAACGAGCAUUCUGUUCUAUUAGCUUUUUCUUUUUUUGUUAUAUGUGCCUUUUUUUUGUUUUUUACGCUUGCUUACCUUGGACCUGGGCUAGACUUUUCCAGUCUUCCUCACAUUGAUAAGUAGUAAUUUCAAAGGAGUUUCUCAAGUAAUUACAACUUACCAAAUACAAGUAAAUGGAGCAUGUCUGUCUCAUUCUGUUUUGGGGGAAUGUACUGAGAGGAUAAAGGAUAAACUCAAUCAGAAUCAAAGGGCUACAUGGUAUGGCAACUUUAUUUUUGAGAAGCUUACUGUAACAGCCACUUGCCAUUUUUUGUGAUUUAUUUUGAGAGGCGUGUCAACAUGCUAAAGCUUUUGACUCUGGCUGAGCCAGAGCUAUUGAUUUGCUAUGGAGAAAUCCUGAUGUAGCUAGUUGUUUGAAGACAAGCUAUCUGACAAACAGAUUAACUCAGAAAACAGUGUAUCUGUAUUGUGUACAAAGUACAUGGAAUUAUAAAAAAGCUGGAGAUAUUAACUCAGAUAUUCAGGAAAGUGGAAAUUAUUUUUCUAGGCAGAGGAUAAUAAAUACUGAGGAGAGGAAUAU